AUGGUCGAGAGUGGUGUCCUCCAGGGUUCAGUACUGGGACCCAUUUUGUUCCUUAUCUACGUGGACGACGCUGCAAGAGCUUUAGACUGCGAAGUAGCAAUGUUUGCCGAUGACAUGAAGAUAUGGAGUGUAAUUCGGGGUCGCGCCGACGAAGACAGACUGCAGAUGAACCUGAAUCGGUUGGAGGAGUGGUCAAACAGUUGGCUCCUGCGGUUCAACGUUGCCAAAUGUAGCAUACUUCGCCUAGGCAACACAGCUAGAUCUGCCAGUACAAAAGACUACUUUCUGGGCGGUGCAGCCUUGAAAGAGAUCGAAGCCCAAAAGGACCUCGGUGUGCUGACGACCAAUUCCCUAAAGCCAUCCGCCCACUGCUCGAGAGUGGCAAAAACCGCAAUGUCAGUACUGUACGCCAUCGAGCGUGCGUUUAUGGACUUUGACGAAGAUGUUUUCUCAAAGACAUUCGGAACAUUCGUCCGACCGCGUUUGGAAUACGGCAUACAAGGCUGGAGGCCGUGGGCGGUUGAGGAUCAAAACUGCCUCUAA